AUGGAGCCCGUGGAGGUCUUUCAUGGCCUGGCUGCUCCAUGGCAGAAAUACAUCAGAGGAAGAGAGAAAGCCAGAGACUGGGGGCUCCAGCAGAACCAGACACAAGAGAUAAUCUGUUCUACAAAUCUCAUAAUUCUGCUGGAGGAUGAAAUCUUUGCUGAUUUUUUCAACACAUUUCUUUCUCUCCCGGUCUUCGGUCAGACACCAUUUUAUACAGUUGAAAAUGCACAGUGGAGCUUGUGGCCAGAAAUACCUCAUGACUUGAUUCCAAAGUACAAAGGAUUAUUGACCUGGCUGGGAAAAUACCGGUUACCUUUCUUCUGUAAAACCAACUUGUGUUUCCAUUACAUUCUUUGUCAAGAGCUCAUCAGUUUCAUUAAUUCCCCAGAAGGAGCCAAGAUGAUGAGAUGGAAAAAGGCAGACCAGUGGCUACUCCAGAAAUGCAUUGGCGGGGUCAGAGGGAUGUGGCGCUUCUGUACCUACCUCAAGGGCAGUGCAGGUGAAGAGCUGGUGGAUUUCUGGAUCCUUGCUGAGAAGAUCCUGGGCAUAGAUGAGAUGGACUUGGAACUGAGAGACCACUACCUAUCUCUCCUCCUCCUGCUGAAGGCCACCCAUCUUCAGGAGGGCUCACGGGUCGUGACCCUCUGCAACAUGAACAUCAAGUCUCUCCUGAACCUUUCCAUCUGGCAUCCCAACCAGUCAACCACCAGGCGGGAGAUCUUGAGCAACAUGCAGAAAGUGGCUUUGUUCAAACUCCAGAGCUAUUGGCUUCCCAACUUUCACACUCAUGCCAAGACCAUCAUAGCUAAGGAGGAUUCAUGCCAGCAUCUGAUGCAAGAGUAUGAGACUCGCCAGUGCAGUCUUUGCUGUUCCCAUUUAGCAGAGCUCCCUCUUAACAUGAGCAUCAAGAAGUCCUGCCACCCCCAGAGGUGGUACUCGAGCAGGAAGAUCAAACGGAAGAUGUGGCAGUUGAUAGAUCAUGCCUCGUGGUCUCUAGAAUUGGAUACCAAGCCAGGUGACAAUUCCACGUCCUCCCAGAAGAUCUCUCCUCAGAAGAAAGUGGUUGUACACAUGCCUUCCCUGAAAACGGCCUCUUCAAAGGAGGGAAUAACCAGUUCCCUGGAAAAGGACAGUCUCAGUGCCAGGAAGUCCACCAUGAAGAAGAAAGCCAAGAGCCAUCUCCACAUGGAGGGCCUCUUUGAGACAAAGAUCUCUACCCACCUGAGGAUGGCCACCCCCAUCAUCCGUCACUCCCCCCGUUUGACCAUCAAGGGGGCCAUCAAGAAAAGACUCUCCUUGGGGUACACCCACUGGGCCUUGUGUGCUGAUGCCUUUGCAGGGAGUCCCUUCCGGGACCACCUGAAGAAGCUGAAUUUGAAAAUGGAGAUCCAACUCCUGGACCUCUGGCAGGACCUGCACCAUUUCCUCAAUGUCCUGAUGAAUAAUAGGAAGACUGGGAAUGCCACCUUUUGGCACAUACUGGGCAACCGGAUCUGUGAGCUCUACCUGAAUGAACAGAUUGGUCCACGCUUACCACUCAAAUCCCAAACCAUUGAAGGUCUGAAGGAGCUGCUGCCUUCUGGGAAUAUGAACCCCUGGAUACCCAAAGCCCAGGAGGAGAUCUGCCAGAUGCUCAGCUCCUGGUAUGAUGAAUUCCUGAAUGAAGAGGACUCCUUGUUUCUCACUUACACAACUCAGACCAAUGUCAACCACACGAGGAAGCAUAAGAAAGACUCUAUAAGCAAACAAGAGAACAUUCUUCUUUAUAAGAGAUUGGAGGAGUCCCUGGCAUUAAGCCAGGGUCUGGCUAACAUGGAGGAAAUGGAUUCUGUGCAGUGGAGAAAACUAGCUACUGAGGACCUGAGACAUGACGGGUCUCUUCGGGUAGAACUGAAGUCUCCAGUAUUUCUGACAGAUAUAGAGAAAAUGUCCUUUGAGGAACUCUGCUACAAGUAUCCAAAGGUGGCCAUAGAGAAGAUAAGUGAGGACUACAAAAUAUAUUGUGAAAAAGCACCUACUAGUAAGAUGGAUUACCAGUAUAAAGUCUAUCGUCAGAUAAUUACCAGAGAACCAAGGACACAUUCACCCCCACAUAAGGACGCGUCCGUAAAAAAGAUUCCUCUUGUAAGGAAGCCUUCACAUGGACCCAGAAACCUGGCAGAAGUCUUUCGAAAUGUACAGCACUUGGAGUACUUCACGGAAUUCCUCAAAGAACGGAAGGCUGAGGGCCCAUUGCAAUUCCUGAUGGCAUUACAGAAGAUCAGUAUUGAGACAGAUGAACAAGUCGCCAAGUCUCUUGUUGAAAAUAUAAUGGAGACUUAUUUCUCUGGCAUAGUCCCUGCUGAAGAAGUGCUGCAGUGUGAUGACCCUAUCAUCAGAGAAGUCUCUCAGAAGGGUCGUCUCAGCACAAACUCAUUGUUGAUCCUUCAGAGCUGUGUUAUGAAAUCUCUGGAAGAAAAGUGGUUUAAAGAGUACCAAGAGCUGUUCCCAGAUUUUCCUCAGGAAGUGCAAACUCAGAUACUAACUGUGUAUAGGAAGCCCUCGAAGACUUCAUCAACGCAAAUACAGGAACCCCAGCUCGGACAAGUCCUUUCUCAAACACGGCAACUCAAACCUUCAUUUGCCAAUGGCCCCAGACAUGCCUGGUUGAAGCCAGAAACUUCUCAGCAGCUGCUUAACCUGGGGAAGAAAAGAAUCUGGCCGAAAUUGGUCAGCUUUAUCAAGAGCUUUUGUAAGUACCGCAGAAGCAUGAACAAUGCCAACUUGCGCCAGGAAUUUGAAAAAUAUCUCCACCUGGAACUUAACAACAAGGAAAAUUACCCUGCAUCACCAAAUGUACCAGCACGCCCCUCCCCACAUCACUCAAAUGUCCGGAGUGCAGAGGAGAAUGGAGAUGUAAUCUUGAUGAAGCGCCGUAUAUUUGGCCACAGGGUUAUCACUGUCAACUUUGCCCUCAGUGAUUUAUAUUUCUUUUCUGAAAUGGAGAGGUUUAACGAUUUGGUGAGUUCAGCUCAUGUGCUUCAAGUCAGCUGGGCCUAUAACGAGAAUGACGUGAUCCUCAUGAAGUCCAAGAUCAACAUCAUCCUAAAGCUCUACCUGCAGUCCGAGGUCCCUCCGAGGCUGAGGGUGAACAUCACUGAGACCCAGAGGGAUGCCAUCAUCUCUGCCAUUGCUGAGGGCCGCCUGGAUCGGAACAUCUUUCACGGGGCCAUCGUGUCUCUCUUCCCCGUCAUUAUGUACUUCUGGAAAAGGUUUUGUUCCUGGAAGGUAACCCGCGCUUACUUCCAGAAGAAGGAGAGGAAGAGCAGGGACUCAAAAACUCCUUCUAAGUCUGUGGCCAAGUACUCUAUUUGGAGUGGAGGAGAACAUGCCAUCUUAAGAUUCUCCUUGCUCAGAGGUAUCGAGUGGUUGCGGCCUCAGCAGCGAGAUGCAAUAGCAAGUUCAGUCCAGAAUUCUUCAUCGACGAGCAACCUGACCCAGACAGGACAUACGGCCUCCUCCAUGCAGCUGUUUCCUGUCUUAGGAAAAAAACCAUCUGGCAUCAAAAAGGAGAAGAAAUAAUCUAGUCGGGCCCCCCAACAGAGGCGCAUCAUCUCUCAGAAGCUUCCUGACACUGACAGAACCUUUUCUGGUCAGAAAAGAAAUGCCCCGGCACCCUCUGCCCUGGAAAGAUCCGUGGGGUGACGUCAGUGGGUAAGAUGUGGGCAGAGAGCGUGAGCAGAAGCACCUCUGCCCCCUCUGAUCCUGGGGGGCCUGGCAGAGACGGUCUAUCCCCCAUGGACGUGUGACGGAACACCCUACUCUUGGGGUCAGGAGACCCGGGUUUUUGUCUCGCUCUGCAGCCGCAUGGCCUGGAGAAUCCCUGACUCCAGGUCGUUUAAGAAUCCUGAGACAAGUGUGUGGAGAUGGCAUGAAGCACCCCAGGAAGCAAGGUGCUGUUUUAUUAGACAGAUGGGGGUCUUCAAGUGCUAGGAUCUCCCAUUUGGACAGUGACUCCCGUCCACUGUCUCAGCAAAUCCUCAGAACCCUGUGGGUAACCGUGUCAGAAACCAUUCAUUUUUAAACAGCUGGAGAAACCGGCACACACAGGAGGUAAGUGACUUUCUCCCAACAUCACGAGGCAGUAACUGCAGAGUCUGGACUAGAGCACCCACUGCUGCUUCUCACUCCGUGCUCACCAUGGAUGCAACUUCCCAUCACAAAAGGGAUCGUUCUUCCCUGGAGGUCUGUUCAUUUGCCAAUUGAUAGAUAAAGAGACUCUUUGGAUAAAUGUUGGCCUAACAGCCUACUAUGAUCAUAGUUUAGAGUGACGAGGCCCAUGUUCUGCUGUUUGAAGACAGUCGGGAGGAAGACGAUAGCAUGCUGUGAAGGGCUUACCACCAGAGGCCAAGGAGAGGUUGGCGUGUUGACUCCCUGGGUUGCAAGACAAGGAGGGACUAGAACGUUUAUUGGGGAAUCCGUUCGGGCUUCCAGCCAGCGUUUCCUGCCAGGCUGAUGCCUUUAGCUCCUAGACUUUUCCCGAGGAUGAAAGAUGUUGCAAUGCUGACUCAGGGCUCACAGGGAGAGACUGUCAGAGCGUGUGGGUGAGGCUGUGAUUGAUGGUGACAGGUCAGGAAGACCAGAGGCGGACAGGACUGGAGGCCUCACGACACUUAGCAGGACCACCGUGAAUAGAAAGACGUUCUGCUCUUGGAGCCCGGCCGAUUGCUUCCUUUGGUUUCUUACACCAUCUCCCCUCAGCGAUCCCAGGUCUAGCAUGUUCUAACACCAGAUUUAGGCUAGCGUCACAGAACCAGUCACCUCUAAAAUGCGGACGGGUGAUACACAUGAGAAAAACAACCUGUGAGAGAGAACGGAGUGGUAGAGACUGGAGAACUGGAGAACCUAUCUCAGAGGGGACAGUGACAGCUCCAGCCAGCCAGCCAAGCCACAGUUGCCAGAGCUGCUUACUUAGAAAGAAAAAGGAAGGGAGGAAGGGAGAAAG